AUGCGCAACCAACGCCAGCGAACGCUGUUCGAAUUCGCGGCCGCGCGAGCGGCGCGGCCGCCGCGCUCCGCGCCCGUAGUGAUCGACCUCGAGGCCGACGAGGACUCCGAGCACGACACCAACGACCGGCCAACGCCCGCGCAGCCCAUCCUGAUCGAUGACGACGACGACGACAACGACGACGUCGCCACUCGCGUCGUGGCGCCCGUGGACCCAGUGGGACCAGCUCACCAGUUGGAAGUCGAAGCCAAGGUAUCCGUGGCAGAGCUCCCACUGCUAAAACCCGCCUCGCCAAAGCCCUCCUGUCCUCUGUGUGGUGUCUCUUUAGCGGCCCUAGAACUACACCUCCGUGAGCUCCAUUGCGACCAAUGUGCCGACAUCAAGAAAACUUCACCACCCCUGCCAAAGCCCAAACGACCCCGCAAGCCGCUUCCGCCGCUGCCGAGCGUGAAAAAGGUCCAUUUCCGCAACUUCAGCAUUGCCGUCGACGGCUUCAACUUCGCAGAUGCCCCACCCAUCUCCCAAUACUUCCUGUCGCACUUCCACGCCGACCAUUACAUAGGUUUGAAAAAGUCGUGGUCUCAAGGCGCCAUCUACUGCUCUACGGUCACCGCCCAGCUCCUCACGCUCAAGUUACGCGUCCCACCCGAGAUCAUCGUCGAACUGCCGCUCGACACCCCGUUCGAAAUUGGACCCAAUGUGUCGGUAAUCUGCCUCGACGCAAACCAUUGUCCGGGCGCAACAGUGUUUCUCUUCCACGAAACAGACCACCUAGACCGGUCUCGGACGCGCCAGUGGGUGCUGCACACCGGUGAUUUCCGCAGUAACAACUUGCUUAUCGACCGCAUCCUAGCAUAUACCCAUGGUGAGUCCAUCCACAAAGUGUAUCUCGACACGACCUACAUGUAUCCCUCCUACCACUUCCCCCUGCAACCUUCCGUCCUGCAGGUCACCUCCGAAUUUGCUGGUCAAAUCAACGAAGUGGGCGCCCGCAAACUUUUCAACAAUCGACAGUCCUCGAUUUUGAGUUAUGUGACUGCGUCGCUCUCGCGACGCCAUAUAUACAACUACGUGUUUGUCGUUGGAACUUACACUAUCGGCAAAGAAAAACUUGCCGUGGCCAUCGCUCAGUGGCUUGAUACCAAGAUCUUCUUGCCAAAGGAUUCUCCCAAAGACCGCAUUGUGCAAGUUUACCAGCAUCUAUUGCCUCAAGACAUUUUCACAUAUGACAUCACAAAGGCUUGCGUGCAUCUCGUGCCCAUGCGCACAUUGUCCUCAAAGGAUUCUCUCAAUAAUUACUUCAAGCCCAUCGCCCACAUUUACAAAGACAUGAUUGCUUUCACUCCUACAGGUUGGACCUUCAGUAACGGUGGCAGGUUUGUAAAACUCUAUGAAACUCCGCAAGAAAAAAUCGAUCAUACUCGUGCUUUAAUGCAAGACGCUCAGGUCGAUAAGUUCAAUAGCGAAAUCAUUUUCAAACAGUACAAACCCUUGGCCAAAUUUCAAGUGUUUAAAGUCCCUUACUCCGAGCACAGUAGUUUUAAAGAUUUGGCGAAUUUUUGCAUUCGUGUGCCAUGGGUUCAGAUUAUACCUACGGUUAAUACCCACAACGAUUACAUGGUCAACCAAAUGAAGGAGUGGUUCUCUACCUGGAAAAAAAUCCAAUCUCUGAACUCUUGA